AGGAGGAGGAGCGCGGGGACGAGCGUGAUGCCGUGCACGAGCACGGGCGUGAAAAGGACGAAAAAGGAGAAGGGAGGAAGGACCCAAGGAGGCGAGGAGGGAAGGAGAGGAGGACAUUCUGAGGAGGAUCACGUGGCAUCCGUGUCGUGCAGCGGCGUUCACGGCAAUAGGAGCACUGGCAGCGUCAGCGUGUGUCGGCGGCGAGCGGUUGAAGUUGGCUUCCUGCCUGUUGAGAUGCGCCGGGAGGAAACACUGUGAACACGAGUUCAUGCUGAUGAAAUUGAUCUGCUCAGAUGGACAAAUCAGCCAUGUGAACCACUACACCACCAAUGUCCCUCGCGUGUUUGAGUUUUCAAUUGAGCUCGAACCAGAGCCAUGGGGAGUACCCGGACUGCAGGAGCGAGCGCGAGUCUGGGGGCGAGGCGUCUCUCCUGGUGUCCCCGCUGGUGGUGGCGGGCAUCGUCAUAGGCCUGGUGCUCUUCCUCUCCUGCGUCACCAUCAUCGUGGGCAGCCUGCGCAAAGACAGCCGGCUGAGGAACCCUCACCUGAGAGCCACCUACGUUACGAUGAAUGCGUGGGCCCGGGUUGCACUCACAUCUACAUACCCACUGAUGACCCCCCACCGUACUCGCUAUGGGACCCCCGUCGGGACGACUCAGAGGAAGGUCCCAGCUCAGCCGGCGCCGCCUCACCGCCCUCGGAGCAUCAAGGCAUCGCAUCCAUCUCCUUCCCGUCGGAGGCGGCGCCACCGUACGAGGCGGUGGUGGCCGACCAGGGCCAGCCCCUCCCCCUCGUGCCAUGUGACCUUUCCAAGCACCGAUCAGAGAGGGACGUCGACGGCAACAGGCGGCCGUCGGGGAUCAGCCAGAUCUCAUAGGACGACUCUUUUGGACCUUUCACCAGCGCUUUGAGUUCUUGACUUCAACACAAACUGUGGAGGUUUUACAGACUUUCCACACUUUUAGUGGACUGAAACUCAACAGAAGGAACAGUUUUCUUCAGGGAGUUUAUGGACUAAACAAAAUCUCCCAUCCUGGCGGAACGUGGAUCUCACCCAAAGACACUCCUCCGUGUCGUAGUAACGCAAUGGUAUGGUUAUAAUUGCGACUGGGUCCUAAGGACAAACUUGUAUUUUCAAGUUGAAGCUAUUAUACACAAGCACACAGAGUACCACGUCCUUUGAAAUUACUAACAUCAUGGUUAACCACCGUUCAGGACCAGCGUCUACGGGUGUUUUGCAAACUUUCCAUAGGCAAAGGACCACGAUUUUGGCCAUCUCAGACAAAAGAUGCACAAUCGUUGGGAAAAAAACGAAGGUUGUUUUUCAAAAAGGGUGGUUAAACGUGUCACAAACAGCAACGGAGAAUGGCUGCAAACAUUGAUGCUAACAUGGGACUUUUGUUGCUCGAUUUAGCAAUUUUUUAGACUACCCUUGCAACUUUAUUUCCAAAAAGCACCUACAAACAACUUUUUGAGACUUUUUUUUAAGUGACUUUUAAUGUACGUAUUGUCCCUCUAAAUGCUAUCACUAUUUCCUCUACCACCGUCAAAAACACGGGGCCUAUCUGCCGGGCUGCUAAAUUUGCUACAUUAAAUUGUUUGACAACCAUAGUUAGUUCCAAAGGAUUAACGAUACGAAAGAGAUCAAUGUGAAUACGGUGUUCCCCUGCAUAUUCGUGAUACAUGACUCGCAAAUUCACCGAUUCAUGAUUUUUUAAAAUUUGGAACCUUUUCUCUGUUAUUUUCUGUAAAACGCACUUAUGUAGUCGCUCUGUUUGUGCUCAGGCCAAAGCAAUAUUGCUUUGGCACCAUCUUGUGGAAUGUUGGUGCCAAGGAACUUUGUUGAAGUGAGUUGAGGAGCUUCAUUUAGACUAAAGUAUUGCUUUUGUCCCCAUCUUGUGGCAUCUUGGUGCAAGGAACUAUGUUGAUGUGUGUUAAGGAGCUUCAUUUAGACAAAACUAGUGCUUUCCUGCCAUCUUGUGGCAUCUAAAGGCAAUUAUAAAGCUUUUUAGGGACGUCAAUUACUCGCAGCGGCGCUUGGUUCCCAUCUCCAGCGAACAGUGUGGCAACACUAGCUUAAAACAAAACUUUGUUACAUUUACGAAUAAAAACUUGAUAAAGUAUUUAUUUUUUUGGGGUGAGAUGGCCAGUCAAUUGAAGUAAUGCCAGUGCGCAAUCAAUGUAAUGUUCUACAUAAUAAUGCAACUUUUAGCGGUAAAUACCAGAGAUGAGGUUGACUCGAGUUGCCAGUUUUAUGACUUGCGACUUGCUUGCCAAACACUCGAGAAAGAUUUGACUUCAGACUUGGUAGCCAAGAGACUUGACUUGACUUAAGACUUGAACUACAUGACUUGACAAGUCAUCUCAUUUAGAGUUGAAAAUCUGCAUUUUAAUUUUUGACAGUUUGCCUUUUUUUUUUUUCUUCACUACAAAACUCACAAAGACAGGUGAGCUAAUUUAACAGUUUAACUAGCUGGUCAAACAUUAAGUUUCAUAAACUGGUUUGGGACGAUUACAAAUAAAAGAAAUGUGUUUGUGAACGUUUUAGUACAGCUCAGCAACGUAAAUCGGGGUGUGACGGUUUACGAUAACUGACCAAACCUUCAGUUUUCGCUUCAUAUAGGCAUGCAAAAGUCUCUCUUUUUUUCUCUCUCUCUCAUGCACUCCAUAGCAGAAAGUAGCACUUAAAAUAUAGUUCCAGCCGCAGAAUGCAGAGGAAUUGAAGCGGCGUUGUUGGUGUUGUGAAGUUUAUUAAAAAAAAAAAAAAAAAAACAUAAAUUGAGUUUGAAAUACAACUUUAAAACAAUUCAAUGCAAUAAAUUCAAACAAUCAUAAUCUCCGUUGUUGAUUAUUUCACUUUUAUAGGGUGGGAAUACUUAUUUUAGUGUUAUGAUUUAUGGUGAAAAAACAUUUUAUUACCACUUCAAUAUAUGUUGCGACUGGAGCAAGAUUGUAUGACUUGACUUGCGAAUUGCUUAAACCAAGUAAUGACUUGACUCGACUUGCUUGAUUUAUUUAUUUUUUCCCCCCACAGCGACUCGGGACCUGCUUGAGACUUACAAGUUAUGACUUGAGACUUGCUUGUGACUUGCACAUAUGUGACUUACUCCCACCUCUGGUAAAUACAUCUUUAGUCAGAUCAUUAAAAUGUGUUGGCAAUACUGGUUGCGACUUAACCAACCUCUCAACCGAUGGGAAGACAGCGAGAAAUGACAUCAACAUCGGUCAUAGUCUCUGUCAUCAGCAACAAAAACAACGGAGAAAGUGAAGAGUUAAGUUUUUGCCUUGCACUCAAGUAGCGCUGUGGUCAAGCUAGCUGGCUAAAGUUAACGGUCGUCCAUCCACAAUUUCCUUGUCUUCCCUUGAUUUCUUUUCUUUUCAAUGCACCUAAACAUUUGUUCACUUGGAAUUUAAGCGUAGCCGAGAUUCCUUAUCGCACAGUGUGAGAAAUCGUUAAUUCAUAUUAACAUUUCACACUGCGCGGUGUGGCUUCGAUAAAUCGUACAAGAUGGCUUGUGUCAAUUCACGGUAUCUUGUGAAUCACCUGGUUUUCUUUUAACUGCCCUCAUAUUCCACCACUAAAGGUUCUUGUCCAGUGGCAGAUAUUAUUAUUAUUUUUUGCUACAAGAUCAUAAAACACACAUGAAGCACUAGCGUUGUUACACCACUAGGCCGAAUUGAGUAGACCUUAACCUUUUCUGGUAAACUCUUCCCCAAUACACAGAGAGCUUGUGUCUCAGUCGAAGUGUAUCACUUCUUCAUACCUCGACAACGACUUCCUUGACGACUUUUCCAUUUGCACAAGGCAACAUCUUAGAGAGUUUAUUUGCAUUUUUUUUCCAAUGAUCCUGGUGAAAUAUUUGUUUACUUCAAAGAGUACAUACUGAUGAAAAUGUACACCUAUGGUUAUGUACACUAGCGUGUAAUUUGUGUAACUUGUUUUGGUUGCCGUUACAGAAAAAACAAAGGUCGAAAGUUGGAAAUGGAAGCAAGAUACUCAGUGCUUUUUCUGUCCGUUUUCAAGCUUCAAUGCCUCAUUUGCGAGCCUGUCGCCCCAUAUUAGGCAGAGCGGGAUUGAUGUGUGAGAAUCACCAAUACCGAUUAACUCGCAUCCUAAGUAGGCCGGCUUAAUUUGUCUCUUAAAUGUCACUCUUUUUCUUGGAAGUCGUAUGCUCUUCUGUCUCAUCAUUUCACCUUUUCCCCUUUUCAAAGAAGCUGUCUUAAGAGUUUUUUUUUUUUUUUUUUUUUUUACAACUGUAUCACAUGAGAGCUGUUUGAUACAUGAUGCACCUGAUUUUAAAAAUAAUACUUCAGUCUGUGAUGAUAAACAAUAUUAUUAUUAUUUUUUAUUUUUUUGUCUGGUCGGUAACAGCACCAAAUUGCCCGGUGGUUAGGGAUCGCUGACAUACACCGCUGCUACAUAUUCAUAACUAUUUGGACACACAUGAGACAGUUUUCUCGGUAUCAAGGGCUCUGGUGUGAACAGCUACGCUUUAACUGGACCUCAGUGGCUCGAUGUAGCGUCCACUCGCACAAACAACGAUACGAACACAAACUAAAUCGGACAAUUACGUCAACAUCGCAUUUUCAAUCGUCCAAUAAAUGGCAGAAGCAACCCCAAAAGGAGAAGCCUGCGGUGAUUCCGAGAUUUUCCGAGGGCUAAUGUGGUCCCUGAUGUAGACCACAGCGGGACUAAUAAAGGAUUCUCUUAUUUAAACAGGUACCCGAGCUCCCAUUUAUUGUCCGGCGUUUGUAAUAAAUAAUCACAAAGCACACUUUUGCUCAUUUAAAACAACAAAAUCAGGAAAAUAAUGUUUGUGCGUGUAUUCUUCAUCUGGAGACACCAACUACUGUAGACAACAACAUCAGCAUGCAUCACCACUGACUCUAGCAGCCUUUCUUCCUUCUUAUCGGCUGUGACGUUUCCUUUUUUUGCUUACCGAAUAAAUCAAUCAUUUUUUAACAUAUUAGUUCCCACUUGGAUGUCAAUAUGUAUUUGUGUUUAAAAAAAUAAAGAAAUAAAUAAAAUGUGCCUACUACUCAGACUGUUAGCUUGAACACUGUAGCCAUACUAUUCUAAUCUCAGUGCAACUACGCUGUGCUUUUACCGUUUCAUGUCUGGUUUCAUUUUUAAUUCACGCUAUAUUUUGGAAUCAAAUGUAUUCAUUUCUGCUUUUCCGUCAUAAAUGAGUCCCUCUCAAUCGGAGACUGUGUGUAUCAUUACUUCAAUGCAUCCAUGCUAAAAUGCUAUCAAUGUCCAUUUCCAUGUGAGUAGGUGUGGAAAGCCAGGGUCACAGAUGGGAUUUUGUAACUGGGGCGGAGAGUACAACGCAGAUAAAUAUAAAUGCUCAUGCUCUCUCUCCUAGAGAAAGAGAGAGAGAGUUUAUUGAAUUUGACUCAUACCUCAAAUCCUCUUUUCCCAUUGAAAUGAAUGGAAAUGCCAUUACUCCGUCUUAGCCCCAAAAUAAAAAUAAUUUGCAAUGUGGAUUUCAAUGAGAAAAUAUAGCACUUGAUUA